UCCUCAUCAUUGUCCCAAAAACUUGUAUCUGAAAUAUAGCUCACCCUUUUUAUUAGGGUUUCUUCUUCUGAUUCUGAUUUCAACUGAAUUUCUCCUUUUAUUCACUUACAUCAACAAUUCAGUUAUUGAAAGAAUUUUCUUGAUUCGUCUCGUGUUGGGAAAUAUCUGGAAGCAACGUUAAUUUAUUGCGGUUCUGUGGUUCUUUUUGAGAUAUUGUGGUUAAGGUUGAGGAUUGAUAGUUUCAAGUCAUGAGUACUUCAUGGGCGGACACAGUUGAGAAUGCAGCUUUAGGGUCUGAAAGUAACGGGGUUGGUGGGGCGGCAGCGGCUUCCGGCAAGCCUGCUUAUGUCCCACCUCAUCUUCGUAAUAGGUCGGCUGUACCAGCUCAGGUAGCUGGCCCAGCUGCAUCACAUGGUGGUGGACCUCCUGUAAACGAUCGGUUAGGGCAUAGUGGGCAGACAAGUGGGUCAAGAUGGGCAGCUCCUAGUCAAAGGUUUGAAAAUGGGAGGCCCGGAUAUGGUACUGGCAGUCGUGGUGGAGGAGGAAGGGGUUGGGGAAAUAGAGGUGGUGGCUGGGGUGGUAGAGAUGUGGAGGUUAAUCCUUUUGGUAAUGAUGAUAUAGAUAGUCCUGAGGAGAUUGCAUCCGAGCAAGCAAGUGGCGGCAUCAACUUUGAUGCUUAUGAAGAUAUUCCCGUGGAAACUAGUGGUGAAAAUGUGCCACCUCCAGUUAAUACUUUUGCAGAGAUAGAUUUAGGUGAGGCUCUAAAUCUUAAUAUUAGAAGAUGCAAAUAUGUAAAACCGACACCUGUACAGCGUUACACAAUUCCCAUUUCUCUUGCGGGACGGGAUUUGAUGGCAUGUGCGCAGACUGGGUCAGGGAAGACGGCAGCAUUUUGCUUCCCUAUAAUCAGUGGGAUUUUGAAGGGGCAAUUUGCACAGAGACCACGUGGUACCAGGACCGCUUUUCCCCUUGCUCUGAUUAUAUCCCCUACAAGGGAGCUCUCCUUUCAGAUACACGAGGAGGCACGGAAGUUUUCUUAUCAGACGGGUGUCAAGGUGGUGGUUGUUUAUGGAGGAACCCCAAUUAACCAACAGUUAAGAGAGAUCGAGAGAGGAGUUGAUAUACUUGUCGCCACUCCAGGAAGGUUAGUUGAUUUACUGGAAAGGGCAAAAGUGUCACUACAAAUGAUAAGGUAUUUAGCCCUUGACGAGGCAGAUCGGAUGCUGGAUAUGGGUUUUGAGCCACAAAUCAGAAAAAUUGUGCAGCAAACAGACAUGCCUCCUCCAGGUGCAAGACAAACAAUGUUGUUCAGUGCCACAUUUCCUAGUGAAAUCCAGAGACUGGCAUCUGAUUUUCUUUCGAAUUAUAUAUUUUUGACCGUGGGUCGUGUUGGUUCAAGCACCGAUUUGAUUGUCCAACGGGUGGAAUUUGUUCAAGAAGUUGACAAGAGAAGCCAUCUUAUGGACCUUCUUCAUGCUCAGAAGGAAAAUGAUACUCAUGGCAAGCAAGCUCUUACAUUAGUUUUUGUUGAGACAAAAAAGGGAGCCGAUUCACUUGAAUACUGGUUGUAUAGUAAUGGGUUUCCUGCUACUACGAUCCAUGGUGAUAGAACACAGCCGGAAAGGGAGCAAGCACUGAAAUCGUUCAAGAGCGGAAAAACACCGAUUUUAGUUGCAACCGAUGUGGCAGCACGUGGUCUUGAUAUUCCACUUGUUGCCCAUGUUGUGAACUUUGACCUUCCUAAUGAUAUCGAUGACUACGUGCACAGAAUAGGACGAACAGGGCGAGCCGGGAAGACAGGAUUAGCAACAGCUUUCUUUAACGAGAACAAUGUGUCACUAGCAAAAUCACUAGCUGACUUGAUGCAGGAAGCUAAUCAAGAGGUACCUGCAUGGCUUACUCGAUAUGCCAGCCGGGUGUCAUACGGUGGAGGCAAGAACAAACGGGGAGGAGGACGUUUUGGUGGCCGUGAUUUUCGGAAGGAUAACUCCUAUAGCGGUGGAGGUGGAUAUGGAAGCUAUGGUGGUGGUUAUGGUGGCGGCAAUAGUGGAGGUGGAUAUGGCGGGGGCUAUGGAGGUGGUAACAGUGGAGGUGGAUAUGGUGGUGGCUAUGGUGGUGGUAGUGGCGGUGCACCUAGUGCUUGGGAUUAGUCAAUUGGAAUGUAUUGGUUCAUUUGUUUGAGUCGGUACAUACAUCAUUUUUCGCAGGAGUUAAGGACUAUAUAAUGUUUUAAAUUGGUCAUGUAUCAAAUUUUGUCUUAACAUGUUCUUUCUUGGAUCAUAAAGUAUCAAGUAAUAAACAAAUUGGCCCCAUAAAUUUGUAGCUUUUUCUUUCUUAAA